GUCCCAAUUUCAGUUUAUCUUGAUGCAGUGCGCAACAUCAACCCUGAUGAAACAAGGUGGAAGUUUGGCAGACUGGUUCUCAAGUAGGACAUACAAGAUAUUAUUGAUGUUGGUCCUCAAAAACUUGUCCAGCCCAAUAUCCCGGAUGCUACUAUUUUGAUAGUUGCAAAGACAGAAUGGGAUCUUUGUCUCCCAAUUUAAGAUCUUUUCUCUGUUGCUCGGCUUUACGCAGGGUGAAUUUGGUAGGUGGCUUGGCUCAGGAUCCCCAAAACUCAUCAGAUCUGCUGCCUUUGCUGACUUCCACACAGCUGGUUCCAUCCUACCCUCACACAGCUCUCUCCCAAUAUACAUCCGCAAAUUUCCAGAUAUGAAAUGCUCUCUAUUAAACACCAGAAUUGCAGAGAAUGUAAAACAUUAUUAGGGAUUAUUUAUAUAUAUAUAUAUAUAUGCGAACACACCAUGGUUUUAUUUCUUUAUUUCCACCGGACAGAGAUUUUUUCCCGCAACAAACUCACCCGUCACCCACUCACAGAUUUUUCUCCAAUGACCAUCAUGUUCUCAAUGCUCCUCUUUCAAAGAAAUUUCUUUCAAACUGAAACAUGCUCUACGAGGAAAAUUCAUUGUAAUUGAUGACUGAUGUCAAAAACUUUAUCUUUCUGUGGAAUCUCAAAGACAAAAUUUGGUCAAACUUGUCUGUUUCCUCAUCACAGAUGACAUUUCAUGGACAGACAGCAUCCGAGAGACAAGGAUCCCUCUGCUUCCUUGUCAAGCGUUUUUUUUUUUUUUUUUCAUCAUUUUUAUCUUAUUAACAUCUCUUCUUUUUUUGUCUUUCCCACCAGUUCCGGAUCUGUGUCAUACAUUACAUAAUUUGGUCAAACUUGUCUGACGUUUCCUCAUUACAGACGAAAUUUUCAAGUAACACACCCACCCAUCCUCUUAAAGGUUGUGUAUAAAAGACCAAACCUGCUGGCAUGUUUUAUACCUGCAAAGCAGAUCCUCACCAGAGUUUUUAUACUGAACUCACAGAGGUAAGAAACAAUAUUUUCGGGUCGCCUAGAUUUUCCUGUUAAAAGUAAAAAUACUGAUCAUUCAUUAGUAUUGUUGAUUUUUUUUUUUUUGAAAGAUUUUACAUUUUGAGACAAAAUGGUUGACUACAAAGUGACUAUUUGGACUGAAGAUGCACAACCCUCCUUCUUGUUACAUUCGGUCUACAUCACUCUGUUCGGCACAGAAGGGGAGAGUGAAUGCAUGAUUCUCCGACAAUGGAUUCACACAUUCAGCAAAGGAAAUAAGUCAACAUCCACUGUGAGCUGCUUUAAAGACAUUGGAGAGAUCACUUCAAUAAAGCUGGGAAAAAGUAAGCUCAGCCUUACUCAGUGGCUCCCUGGAAUGGUGGAAGUGGAAUCUCCCACUGGAAAGGUCUACAAGUUUCCCGUCUACCACUGGAUUGCUAGUGACAAUGUGGACACGUUUAGAGAAGGAAAAGCUGUGUUGGACAAGGAUGAGUCAAGUGAAACAGGUGAACUCCGGAAGAAAGAGAUCCAGGAGGAGCAAAGAGUUUACUGUUGGGAUGUCUAUAAGGAUAGAAUGCCAAGAUGUGUGAAGGCAGACUCCUUUUUAUCACUGCCUCAAGACGACCGCUCCACCUUGAGUAGUGUCCUGAUGACUUUUUCCAGUGAUGGCAAAGCAUUAUUGCUGGAGCUUCUUGCAUUUGUAACCAGCGAAACAAACUGGAAAAGUUUUGACGACAUUGAGCCCAUGUACAAACGACAUGUGACUCCAGCAUCAGAGUAUGUCUUCCAACACUGGAAGGAGGAUUCCUUCUUUGCCUACCAGUUUCUGAAUGGGAUCAACCCCAUGGUGAUCAAGCGCAUUGAAGCCCUUCCUGAAAACUUCCUUGUGGCUGAUAAGGUCUUCCAAAAUGCUCCAGUCGAUCUGAAAACAGAAAUGGAGAAAGGAAACAUUUUCCUGUGUGACUACAAGAUUCUGGACAAAGUGACAACAAACACCAUCGACGGCAAGAAGCAGUACCUGGCUGCUCCACUCGUCCUGCUCCACCAGAUUGAAGACAGGAUGAUGCCCAUCGCGAUUCAGUUGAAGCAGAAUCCAGGACAGGACAACCCCGUCUUCCUUCCCUCUGACUCUGAGAAUGACUGGCUGUUGGCAAAGCUGUAUGUGAGAAGUGCAGACUUCAACCUGCAUGAGCUCAACUAUCACCUGCUGCGCACUCACCUGCUGGCUGAGGUUUUUGCUGUUGCUCUAAAGAGAAACUUACCCAGAGUGCACCCUGUUUACAAGCUUCUUGUCCGUCACACACGCCACACUCUGCAGAUCAACUUCUUGGCUCGCCAUAUUCUUAUCUCAGAGGAAGGCGUUUUCAAUAAGUUUGCAGCCUCUGGUGGGGAAGGUUUGCCACACCUCAUCGGGAAAUUUCUCUCCAACCUCACCUACAAGUCUCUCUGCAUACCUGAUGACAUUGAGGACCGAGGUCUGAAAGAUGUGAAAAACUUCUACUACAAAGAAGACGGACUGAAUCUGUGGAACAUCAUGCACAGUUUUGUGACAAAGAUUCUCGGCUACUACUAUACGGAUGAUGGCGUGGUUCAGAAAGACGAUGAGCUGCAGAACUGGAUCAAGGAAAUCUUUGAACAUGGAUUUCUGAAGAAAGAAGAGACUGGCAUCCCACAGAAGUUCACCACUGUGUCUGAGCUGGUCAAGUUUGUUACCAUGGUGAUGUUCACCUGCUCUGCCCAGCAUGCAGCUGUGAACUCUGGACAGUAUGACUUUUAUGGAUGGAUGCCAAACGGCCCCUCCACCAUGCAGGAGCCCCCACCCACCAAGAAGGGAGAGGUGACCAAGGCCAGAAUCAUGGGAGCACUGCCUGACGCUCGAACCACAGCUUUCAACAUGGGGACAGUUUGGGCCCUCAGCACACCUCCCAGUGAUGCUAAAUUUCUUCCAGACUUCAAGGAGGAAUAUUUCACAGAGGACGGUCCUUGUGAGGAAAUCCAAACGUUCAAAUCCCAGCUCCAAGAUUUGAGCAAUAACAUCACAAAGAGGAACAAGACCAUAGAGCUGCCGUACACUUACCUGGAUCCAGCGUGUGUGGAGUGGAGUGUGGAUAUAUAGAGUGCAGGCCACUGCAGGAGACCAACACUCCUUCAGCUUAAUGAUUUCAGCGUUUUCUUUAAAAAACAACUAAAAACAUCUUUUUAAAAUAGCUUUUUCUUAAUUCUGUUUUUAUAUUCUGUGUUUUACUGUGAAACACUGUGAUUUUUAUCUUGAAAGGGGCUAUAUAAAUAAAGAUUAUUAUUAUUAUUUGCUUCCUAGGAGAAUUUAAUUAUUUUUUUCUGCUUUCUUUAUAAUCACACAUGUUUGAGACAGAAAUUAAUGGUGGUGUUUCUUUGCAGAAUUACUUUGUUCUUCUGUGUGUGAUUGCUGUUCAUCUAUUUGAUGUGUUAAAUCAAAACUGCAAAUCAUCUGUAAUGUUAAUCCUUUAACAGUUUAUUCUCUUAAAAAUCAAACUUUAUCUUUCUUAACCUCUUGAAGCAACAAUAAAUAAGCCGUCUAAACAAA